CUUCGCUUCGCGUUGGCUUCGUCGGCGGUGGUAGCUCCUGGCUCGUACACUCGUGGUGCGAUGAACUCGACGUCCCAGCCUCUAGCGGGCGUGCCCAGCUUGGACAGAUUGUCAGCGUCCGGCUGCGGAACCUGCUUCCCCGAGUGCCGCGGAGCCUGGUCCGGGCUGGCCCCUCUGCUACCCCAGGAGCGGACCAUGCCGCCGCGGGAGCUAAGCGAGGCCGAGCCACCGCCUCUCCCGGCCUCGACCCCUCCUCCGCGGCGGCGCAGCGCCCCUCCGGAGCUGGGCAUCAAAUGCGUGCUGGUGGGCGAUGGCGCGGUGGGCAAGAGCAGCCUCAUCGUCAGCUACACCUGCAAUGGGUACCCCGCGCGCUAUCGGCCUACAGCACUAGACACCUUCUCCGUGCAAGUCCUGGUCGAUGGAGCCCCUGUGCGAAUCGAGCUUUGGGACACCGCAGGGCAGGAGGACUUUGACCGGCUUCGUUCUCUCUGCUACCCGGACACCGAUGUCUUUCUGGCUUGCUUCAGCGUGGUGCAGCCCAGCUCCUUCCAAAACAUAACAGAAAAAUGGCUGCCUGAGAUCCGCACUCACAACCCCCAAGCACCCGUGUUGCUGGUGGGCACUCAGGCUGACCUAAGGGACGAUGUCAAUGUACUAAUUCAGUUGGACCAAGGAGGCCGGGAGGGCCCAGUACCACAACCCCAAGCCCAGGGUCUGGCUGAGAAGAUCCGCGCCUGCUGCUACCUUGAGUGCUCGGCCUUGACGCAGAAGAACUUGAAGGAGGUGUUCGACUCGGCCAUUCUCAGUGCGAUUGAGCACAAAGCCCGUCUGGAGAAGAAACUGAACGCAAAAGGUGUGCGCACGCUGUCUCGCUGUCGCUGGAAGAAGUUCUUCUGCUUUGUGUGAGCAGCUAUGGCAAGAGAUAGGCGGGUGGCCUGAGACUUCUGGACCCCGAGACAUCGGGUACUGGCAGGGCCUGGCCAACCCCUGGAACUCAGUUCUCUAUUGAACACAGGGCACAUGGGCCUCAAAGCUGUACACCCUGGUGAGCCAGGGUGAGCUCUGUCUGUGCAGGGGCUGCCCCAUUUGGAUUUCUUUGGUCAAGACUCACAGGAAAAUCCCAGCACUUUGAUUUUCAUGGGAUAGCGCCAUCAGCGUCAGUGCUGCUGAGCAGCUUGGGAUGUAAUUCUCAGUUUCUUAUCCUGGGGCCACAGGUCAGUUUGGCUGAAUGCAGGCCCCUCGGGGUCAUCCCCCUCUCCUAGCACAGUGCGAGGAUCAAGGAGAACAGUGGGGCAUCUUGCAGGGCUGGCGGAUGGUCAGCUUGAUUUGGAGACGUUUGAGAUGGGGUAUGAAGAAGAGGGCAGUGAGAGAUUGAGAGGGAAAACAGAAAGUGAGGCGAGUGGUGGACAGGAGGCAGAUUAGAGGCCUGGGCCUGGAAGGAGGAAGACAGGAAGGGAGAAGGGUGGACAGCUGUGGAGAAGGCCGACACCUGGGCUGCCCUCGAGCCCCAAGGCCAGGGAGGACAGGACUGCUCCCUGGGAAGAACUGGGUCUCAGGGUUCCCCAGGCACUGGCCAAACUGGCUGGGCUAGCAGAGGGGCAGGAAGUGAGAGUUCAGGCCCAGCAAAGGGAGGGGAGGAGCUGCAGGUAGGAGCCUGAAGGAGGAAGGGGCAGGGACCGUCCCUUUCCCCAAGGUCAUAGCUUAGAAGGUGAGCUAUACAGUCUGCAAAUAAAACCUUCCAUUUCUCAA